UAGCACCUGGACAUUUGUUGAUAUAGUCAAUAUGUUCGAAGGACAGCCUCCAAGUCCACAAAAUCAGGCAAACGGACAAAAUGCCCAAUUCCAACAGGCGGGUAUACCCCAAUUUCCUCUGCCGAACAUCCCUCUCCAGCCGGGAGAGGCGCCUUCUUCACCAUUCAUUCAAUUUAUGGUCUAUACAGUACCUAGUGCAAAUACCAACGACAACCCGCCGACACCAAUAAUAAUAUUCACUCAACCUUUCUUCCCAAUGGGACCACCACAAAAGCCACGGGCAUCGGAAAGUGCAAUGAAAGCGCUCCCGAUCGUGAAAAUAACCGAUGAACACACCGGGUCUCAAGCUACGUGUCCGAUCUGUCUCGAUCAGUUUAUGGUCGAAUCGGUAGUGAGACAGUUACCAUGCCAGCAUAUGUACUGCGAAGAGUGUAUAUUUGAAUGGCUGAGGGUGAAUAAUACAUGUCCUAUGUGUAGGAAGGGGAUCGAAUCUGAGGAGGAAGAGAAAGCUCGACUACAAAGAGACGCUGCUAACAAUAACCGUGACAAUGGCAACAUCCAUGGUCAUAGUCACAUUAACAAUUCUACUACGCAAUCAACUACGCCGGUUUCUGACCAACGUUACACAUUUUCUAUGUCGAAUUUGCAGCACAAUCCGUCACUUCCUCAUCAUCAUCAUUCUGAAUCUACAAACUGUGCGUUUGCAGGCAUUGGUUGCUGUGGCGAAACGGACACUGGUGCAUGUACUUCGACUAUAGCACUACCGCAAUGUCAUCAUCGAUUCCACGCAUCAUGUUUGAGAACGAAUCUACUGGUGGAGGGAUAUUCAUUGGAUUCGUCGAGGCUUGAUUUUCGAUGCCCCAUGUGCAGAACUAACGCUUCGGUAGAGACUGAGGCAUUGAAGUUGAAUAGUGCGAUGUAA